AUGUUGAUCAGCUUUUCUUCUUUCAGAUUCUGUGACGAUCGCGAGGAGAACGGCGUAUUAGACCCGGAUGCUCAGUCAUCGAUGCGGCACACAACUUACGCGUUGGUAAAGACUCGUCGUGACGUUGACGAAGAAGACGACGCGGACGAAGACGAUGACCGCAUCAGAAGUGCUGGAUCUGACGACGACAAUCACCGUCAUAACAACCAUCGAGCCAUCAUGGAAAAUGGUGGUAUGGCACCGCGAGUACUCGAGACGCGACGAGGAUUGAGCCCCGAACGAGAUCCGCUUGAUCGUGACAGAAAGGUCUCCUUCAGCACCGCACCGAUACCUGUCUACUGCACGCACUCGGUAGACGAGUACGAUCGCAAGAACGACGAUAUUGAUCCCGUAGCGAGCUGUGCGGAGUAUGAACUCGAGAGACGUCUCGAGCGUAUGGAAUUAUUUGAUGUGACUUUGGAAAAGGGUCCUGAGGGACUCGGUGUAUCCAUUAUAGGAAUGGGCGUAGGAGCUGAUUCGGGCUUGGAAAAGUUGGGCAUUUUUGUGAAAAACAUCACUCCAGGUGGAGCUGUGCACAGGGAUGGCCGUGUACGAGUGUGUGAUCAGAUCGUCUCAGUCGAUGGCAAAAGCCUUGUCGGAGUAAGUCAGCUAUACGCUGCCGAAACCCUUAGGGCUACGUCAAAUCGGGUCUUAUUCACUAUUGGUGAGUUGUAA